AACCCACCAUUCUUUCACAAACCCCGCCAAACCAAACCCUAAAAAGAUGCAAAUUUUUCAAAAAACCCCCUCAAUCCUUCUGAAAUCUCAGACCCAUACUCUAUCCACCACCAUCAUCAACCCCGACCUCCUCCUCCUCCGUCUCACCACCGUCCUCUAUCAACAACAACACGCCACCGACUCCAAGCUCCACUCCCACCUCAACUCCCUCCCCCUCCCUCUCCCCAUCCCUCACGAACUCAUCUUCCACCUCUGCUCUCGCUUCCCCCUCUCAUGGCGUCCUCUUCACCGCUUCAUUCUCUGGUCCUCCUUCUCCCACUCCCCCUCCACCUUCUCUCGCACCCUCUCCGUCUUCGGCGCCUCCAAAAACAUCGACCUUCUCUGGUCCACCUUCACCUCCUCCAUCCUCACCCAUCCCAAACUCCUCACCUCCUCCUCCCUCCUCACCGUCCUCCACUCCCUCGCCUCCUCCCGCCAGAUCUCCAAAUGCGUCCGCAUCUUCGACUCCAUCCUCAAACCUCACUUCCCUCCUCUCCACUCCAUCGACACUCUCAAUCUCGUCAUCGAAUCCCUCUCCAAUCGCAAGUUCGUGCGAGAAGCCAAAGACUUGGUCUCCAAGUUGAGACCUUCAAUCCCCCCUGAUGGCGAUACAUACGGGAUCUUAAUUCUAGGGUUUUGCAAGAUUGGGGAUCUCGUCAUGGCUUCAAAGCUAUGGAAUCGAGCAGUGGAUGAGGGUUUCGAACCUACCAUUGAAGCGUACGAGGAGAUCAUCGUCACGCUCUUCAAGACCAACCGGAUUGAUGACGCUCUCCGGAUGUUCGCCACGCUGAGAGCGCGCAGGUUCGGCGACGCGCGCGCGGAUUCUUAUCGGAUUGUGAUUCAGUGGAUGUGUAAACUGGGUCGUGUUAGGUAUGCCCAUAUGGUGUUUGAUGAAAUGCUUAAGAGAGGACUUUGGUUGGCAAUUGAUAAUCAAACUGUUGGUGCUCUUGUGUAUGGAUUAGUGGCAAGGAAUAGAGUUAGAGAGGCUUAUAGAGUUGUGGAAAUGGUGGAGCGGCCGGAUAUUGGGUUGUAUCAUGGAUUGAUGAAAGGGUUGUUGAGGUUGAAGAGGGCCGGGGAGGCGACGGAGGUCUUUAGGGAGAUGGUGCGGCGAGGGGUGGAGCCGAUCAUGCAUACUUACAUAAUGCUUUUGCAAGGGCAUUUGGGGCGGAGAGGGAGGAAGGGCAAGGAUGAAAUGGUGAAUUUUGAGAGUGUAUUUGUUGGGGGAUUGGUGAAGCAAGGGAGAAUGGUGGAGGUGAGUAAGUUUGUGGAGAGGGUGAUGUGGGGAGGAGUGGAAGUGCCUAGAUUUGAUUAUAAUAAGUUCUUGUAUUGGUUUUCAAAUGAAGAAGGGGUUGAGAUGUUUGAAAGUGUUGGGAAGAGGAUGAAGGAAGUGGGAAUGGUUGAUUUAGGUGAUGUUUUUUUAAGGUAUGGAGAGAAGAUGGCUACUAGAGAUAGGAGGAGGAGAUUGAGAAUAUAGAAGUAAACAAGGUGUAGUAGUGAUUACUGUGAAUUUUA